UUGAUCUCAUAUCCUCUAGUGUUUGGGUGUUGUCACAGUCGUGAAAGGUGUGGCUUAUAGUGGACACACAGAGACGCUUUAGCAGAGAACUUAAACCGACCCACAAACAGCAGGAAUGUCUUCUGUAUGGGAUGAUUUGGAUCUUCUCCUGGAGUCCCCCUCCUCUCUGACUGUUAAUUCAACAACACGUGGCACCAUUAAGGAGAAGCCUGGCUUUAAUCCAGGGGAGGAUGCUGCUGCUUUAAGGAAAGCCAUUGAAGGCAUUGGCACUACUGAAAAGACUCUAAUUGACAUUCUGACUCAAAGAAGCAAUGCCCAGCGCCAGCUGAUCUGUAAAGCAUAUCAGGACGCCACUGGAAGGACUCUUUGUGAUGACUUGGAAGGUGAUACACGUGGAGAUUUUGAAGAUAUUUUGGUGGCCCUGAUCACUCCUCCUGCUAAGUUUGACUGCCAAGAGUUCAUGCGUGCUAUAAAAGGUGCUGGUACAAACGAAAGCGUUUUGAUUGAACUAUUUGCAUCACGCUCCAACCAUCAGAUCAAGGGUCUGUGUGAUGCAUAUUUGGCUGAAACUGGAAGAGCUCUAAUUCACGACCUGAAAUCUGAGGUGUCAGGGGACUUCGAAAAAACAUUGUUGAUCCUCGCUGAGGGCAAGAGGGAUGAAAGUACCAAUGUGGAUGUGGCAAAAGCUAAAGCGGAUGCUAAGAUCUUGUACGAGGCGGGAGAGAAAAAGUGGGGAACAGACGAGAGCAAGUUUAUCGACAUCCUCUGCCACAGAAGCGUUCCUCAGCUCAGACAAACUCUGGUUGAGUAUAAGAGUCUGAGUGGAAAGACCCUUCAGGAAAGCAUUGAAAAGGAGAUGUCUGGAAAACUCGAGGAUAUUCUGGUGGCUAUAGUGAAAUGUGUGAAGAGUGUCCCAGCAUACCUUGCCGAGCGCCUUUAUAAAAGCAUGAAGGGUGCUGGUACCACUGAAUCUACGUUAACUAGAAUCAUAGUGAGCCGUUCAGAGCUCGACCUGCAGGACAUCAAGACAGAAUAUAAGAAGCUGUUUGGCUCUUCCUUAUACUCUGCCAUUGAGUCUGAAGUAUCAGGGGAUUAUCGUCAAACCCUGCUGAAGAUCUGUGGUGAAAAUGACAAAUGAAUGUAUCCAGCACAAACCCAUCAUAACACAGAAGACAUCACGGCUAAUAUGCUAUAAUGUGAAAGAAUAUCCAAAUAUAUAACAAUAUCCAAAUACAUAUUUUAAAAAUACUAUUAAUAAAUCAGAAGAGCUUUAUGAAAAGUAUUUCUUGUACUUACCUGAUUGUUUGUAAUCAUAGAUAACUUGUAUACUUGGUAGAAUAACCUUAAUAUAACACAAAUGAGAAAUAUACAGUGACUAAAGAAUAAACGUUUUUUUACUAUGCCA